AUGGAUUACACAUUUGAGAAUGGCACCGGCCUGCCUGAACUUCCCAAUGCCAGCUACUAUGGCGUAAGCAGCGAUAGUUUCUCGUUGUCGAACGGAACUGACUUCCAGUUCCAUGGAAGUGAUUACGCAACGGGGGCCGAGACCUACACUUUCGGGGCUGACACUCAGUUUAACUGGCAAUGGUUCGCGCCAGAUACUGAGGAAGCCGCAGAGGCGUCCUCUACACAAGACAUUUAUACACCAGAGUAUCUUGACACUCAAAUUGCAGACUCAUAUACCACUGAAAACUCGCCCAUCGGGAUGGCUGCCUCGCCAUUGCAGCAAGUGGUGCUGCACUCGACAGAAAGCUUCGAACCCCCCGCCGAUGCGGUAGCAAGCCGGUCGGCGCGUCCCAGCGGAACCACGACACAUGAAAAGGUGUCGAUUCGCUCGCUCAGGGCCUUGAGCAACUCAAACUACCAUGCCGUCCGGCAGAGGUUUUUACUGCCCUCAUCAAAGAGUUUGCCGGCGUCUCCAGGCUCGGAGCGAGCACGGCAAGGCGCGGGCAGCAAGGCAGGCAAAGGAAGAAAGAAGGAAGAAAAGAGAAAGUGCGAAAUCUGUAAAAAAGAGCUGUCGGGCGAUCAUGAGUAUGUUCGUCACUUCAAGCUCGUACACGAGCCAGAGGGAUGGCGCUGGGAGGUCAUUGACCCGCGCUCAAAGGGUUUGAUGCCCCUAUUCCACAUUCCGUUUGACAUUGCCGAUUGCAAAAAUUGUCAGUUGCGAAAACUCUAUGGCAUCAAUUAUAAUGCCGCUGCUCACAUUCGGCGCGUGCACUUUAAAAGCACUCCCCACUCGAAGAAGGGUCAUCGAGGUGGGAGCAGCGGCGGUGCGUGGCCGGAGAUUCGGUAUUUGGAGUGUUAUUACAUGAAGUUGGUACACAUCAGACAAAUCUCUCAAAACACAGUGAAGCCGAAAGAGGGGAUUGACUAUGAACGGACCGGUCGCGAACAGGCAACCAUUUACCGGGAGCCAAACAGCAGGAGGCACUCGUCGGUGCCCGCUGCGGGGAGUGCAGGGUGCGAGGAACAGGCGCGGCUGUGCCACUCAUUUCCAGUCAAUAGUCCUGGUGCUUCCUCGGAUAGUUUUUCCGCCUCGGAUGAGGCGAGGACAGACUAUCGCGAAAACUUGAUCAAGAGUCCUACAUAUACCACUGCUCCGGUUGACAGUUUCAUUGCCUCGGAGGACCAGGCGGAAAACCUGUACCCAUUCAAUAAUAGUCUCGGCUCGGAGACAUAUCUCCAAUUGGAUGAUAGAAUCCUUCUUUCUGCAGAACAGGCAGAACAAUGCCUCUUUUCGACCACUGAUAGUCCCGGGACUAUACUAUCGACGUCGAGCGAGGAAACAACCCACUUCAACUUGUAUGGCGAGACGUUUUACCCAGAGCAAAUUGAUUUCAAUGAAGUUGUCUCCCCUUUUGGAAGCCAAGAACCCAUAUAG